GACCCCGCCAACGAGGCGCUGCCCCGGCCCUGCGCCCUGGACAUCGGCGAGCUGGUCACGCUGCCCGACGUGAUGGCCGGGCUGGGGCUGGGCCCCAACGGGGGCCUGCUCUACUGCAUGGAGUACCUGGAAGCCAACACCGACUGGCUGCGGGAGCGGCUGCGCGCCCUGCGGGGACACUACCUGCUCUUCGACUGCCCCGGCCAGGUGGAGCUCUACACCCACCACCAGGCCCUGAAGAACGUCCUCGCCCAGCUGGCCAAGUGGGAUUUCAGGCUGGCUGCCGUGCACCUGGUGGAUUCCCACUACUGCACGGACCCUGGGAAGUUCAUCUCCGUGCUCUGCACCUCGCUGGCCACCAUGCUGCACGUGGAGCUGCCCCACGUCAACGUCCUCUCCAAGAUGGACCUGAUCGAGCAGUACGGGAAGCUGGCUUUCAACCUGGACUAUUACACCGAGGUCCUGGACCUCUCUUACCUCGUGGAUCACUUGGCCUCCGACCCCUUCUUCAGGAAUUUCCGCCGCCUCAACGAGAAGCUGGUGGAGGUGAUCGAGGACUACAGCCUGGUGUCCUUCGUGCCCCUCAACGUCCAGGACAAGCAGAGCAUGAGGCAGGUGCUGCAGGCCGUGGACAAGGCCAAUGGAUAUUGCUUCGGGGACCAGGAGCACCGGAGCCUGGAGGCGCUGAUGUCGGCAGCCGUGGGGGCCGACUUCCACUUCUCCUCCACCCUGGCAGUGCAGGAGAAGUAUGUGCAAUCUCAGGACAAAGCUGUGGAAGAGGAGGUGAUGGAUCUGUGACACGCCCUUCCCUGGCUCCUCUGUUUUGACACCUCUCCUCUUCCUAGCCCGAGCUUCAGCUGUGACUCAGAACAACUGAAAGCCUUUCCAGGCAGAGUCUGGACCCUCUCUGGGUGGGUUUGACCUCCUGAGCUUCAGGCCUGCUGCCCAGAGCAGGGCUUUGGCAGGAGGGAGGCAGCUGAGGGUCUUCCCCUAGGAACAGAGUUGAGCCAGGGAAGGCAGGGGGAGCAAGGAAAAAAGAGAUAAGGUCUCCUCCAUCAUGAGCUAGACAGAUCCAGAGAAAGAAAAGCCAGCUGGAGCUGCCUCGGGUGCAGUGAGAGUCGAGGCAGCAGCCCUGGGAGUGCUGCAGAGCGUGCACGGGCCCCGUGCUCCGAGCAGAAUCCAGGCCAGGACGCCUCCACACCGUCUCAAGGACAGAGGGAUGUUUGUUUUUCUUUUUCUUAGAAAUAAUGAUGGACUCUUUCUUAAUAAAACACUUCUCGGCCUCAC